AGAGGGAGACAAGAAAGAGAGCCGAGAAAUUAAGUCAGUCAAAGAGAAGGACUGAGAGUGAAGGUUGGCGUAUGGCAAAUGGAGAAUCAGAGGAUUUAAGACACCUCUAAACUGUUGAAUUUUAGCAACGUACAAUAUGUUGCUUAGCUUUUGGUGUAUUUCCUUCCAAAAAGCCUAAUGUAUCGUAGUGCUGAUUUUUCUGAAUGCUGUGAAUGAGCGAUUGAAGUACCAGCAGAGGCACAUACAAAGGCUGCUGCAGAUUGCAGAAAUAGCAGCUAUUUCUGUAGGAUUUAGGGAGAAAUAGCAGAUGGGAAAAAACCCCAACACAUAUUCAUGCCUUUGGGAAGAAUUUUCAGUGCUUUUCCUGCUCAAAAUCUGAUGCAUUAUUGUACUUACAAGAUCAGUGGCAUUUGCAUGCAUAACAGCUGAAGAGAAUAAUUAAUACGUGGGACUGGUUGGAUAACAGUGUUUUGUAUAUUCACUGCAUCGCUCUUGCAAGGACGCUGGAGUAAGUAAAACCAAUUCAAGCUUUUUACUAUCUAAACAGCAAAAUUAGACAUAUGCUUUUUAAAUCUUUGCAGUUAAUGUUUUGUGUAGCAAAAAAGGCAGUAUCUUAGCUAAAAUGUCUAAAACUAUGAACUAAUUGUACUGAAAGCGUAAUAUAGAAUAUGUUAUUGGCAGCCAAUCUGCUAUUAUGCAUAGUAUCUCCACAUUAUAACGUAUUUGCAGUGCUAUUAUUAUAAUAGCAUCUAUUAUUUUUCUGUUAUUUAUGAGACGUUUAGUGUUCUUCAUCCAGAGUAAGCACUAGUCACUGCGGCUCUUGCUUUAAUGUGGAGGCAAUUGGGAAUUUACAGCUAGCGGUUGCUAAUGCCCUUCAUUCAAAAUAUCAACUGCAGAAUAUUCCUAAAUGUCAAAAUGAUGAUUUUAUUUUCAUUUGGCUUUUUUAGCUUAAUUAAUUGUGUGUUAAAGGCUGCAGGGAGGAAGUGAUGAGAUAGCAACCAUUAGAAAAAAACAAAAAAACAAAAACAAAAGAGGAAGAGUUACGGAAAAUCUAGCUAUGAAUUCAGUUACUGUUCUCUAUACAACUGUGAUUUUUUUUUCUUUUUUUUUUCGUUUUAUAAUCUGUGCAUCCAGCCAUGCUUUGCCUGUUGAUUUGUUCCAGACUGCAGAAUGAAAACUGGAAUUUAACUGAAUACAAUUGUCAGUUGUAAGCUGAUGUGGCUACUGGCCUUGCAGAACCAAAAAAAGCCCAAGUGUGAAAUGACUGAAACCAAGCUGUGAUUGUAAUACUGUGCAACUGAUGAUCAACUUUGAUGGGUCCUUGCAUUUUGGAUUUUUACCAGAUAGUCUGCAAAUCCCAACGCUAUUUAAUAUUCAUGAAUUUCUGCUUGCAAAUAGAGAUAAUGUGAAGCAUAAUAAAAAUUGACUUUUUUAUAUAAAAGGACAGCUGGCAACCAACUGACAUUAAAUUUUUAAGCACGUUCUGAAAUAGCAAGCCUGGUUUUAUCACUUUUUUGGAUACUUUGAAACUAUUUUACAAACCUCCUUAUAUUUUCGAUAUUGUUUGCAAGUAACCUGUUUAUGUCCAAUGCUACAAGACGAGCAAUUUUUCUCUCUGUACUCACAACGCCUCAGAAAUGAAUGUGUAGAUUGCAUCUGUCUAAUCUUCUUUUGUAGUGAUAGUUAUCAGAUUUAAACUAUCCAAGAUUCUUGAAAAUUGAAAUCAAUCUCCUAAUACUGUCAUAACUGCCCUCAUGUGUCAGCUCGCUGGGAGCUUAUCUUCUGUAUUGGUUUAUCAUUCAGCUGGGACUUUAGUGACAAAACAAUUAGUGAACAGAUAAACAGCCACUCUUUGGGAUGUUCCGCUUUGUCUUUUUUUACUUUUUCUAUUGGGUUUCUGUUCAGGCUCUAAAAACUUUAAAUUAUUCAAUUUCAGAAGAAGGGGGGUCAAGAAAUGCAAUUGGCAAUAUUAAUGAUGCACAGCUGGAAUUGCCAGAAAGAGGAAAAAAAGCUAAUUUUAGAGUGUUGGAAAAUUCUGCUCCCCACUUACUGGAUGUUGAUCCGAAUAGUGGUCUUUUGUACACUAAGCAACGAAUUGACCGGGAGACUCUGUGCAAGAAUAGUCCUAAAUGUGUACUUUCACUUGAAGUCUUUGCAAACGACAAAGAAAUUUGUAUGAUCAAGGUGGAAAUUCUUGACAUAAAUGACAACUCCCCUAAGUUUCCGUCUGAACAGCUUGAUAUUGAAAUUUCAGAAAAUGCCUACCCAGGAACUAGAUUUCCGUUAACAACAGCACAAGAUCCUGAUUUGGGAAAUAAUGGCUUGAAGACUUAUAAAAUGAGGGGUGAUUAUGGUUUAUUUUCCUUGGAUAUAAAAUCCAGAGGUGAUGGUACAAAAGUUCCUGAGUUAGUUAUCCAGAAAGGUUUGGACAGGGAAGAGCAAUCCCAUCACACACUCAUUUUAACUGCCUUUGACGGAGGUAUCCCUCCAAGGUCGGCAACUCUGCAAAUAAACAUUAAAGUUAUUGAUGCCAAUGACAAUAGUCCUGUUUUUGAAGCCAAAGCUUACACAGUUGAAAUAGCUGAGAAUUCACCUAUAGGCAAAAUGAUAAUUGAUCUCAAUGCUACAGAUGCAGAUGAAGGCUCUAAUGCCGAUAUUUUGUAUUCAUUCAGUGGCUAUGCAUCUGAUCAUGUAUGGGAGCUCUUUUCAAUUGAUUCUGAAACUGGUUUGAUACAAGUAAAGGGUAAUAUUGAUUAUGAAGAGAUUGAAAUGCUUGAAAUUGAUGUGCAAGCAGAAGAUCAAGGCCCUAAUCCAAUACCUGUGCAUUGCAAAGUGACGGUUCUAGUUGCUGACAUAAAUGACAACUUUCCAUCAAUUAGCUUUGUAUCAGUAAGGCAAGGAGCAAUUAGCGAGGCCUCUCCUCCUGGUACCGUUAUUGCCUUAGUUCGAGUUACAGAUAAGGACUCUGGAAAAAAUGGGCAAUUCCAGUGUUGGGUUUUGGGUAAUGUUCCAUUCAAGCUGGAGGAUAAUUAUGACAACUUUUUCACUGUUGUAACAAGUAGACCUCUUGAUCGUGAAAUACAAGAUGAAUACAACAUAACUAUUAUUGCUAGAGACAAUGGCAACCCCUCUCUUGAUUCCACAAAUUCCUUCUCUGUGAAGAUUUUGGAUGAAAAUGACAAUCCUCCAAGUUUCUCCAAGGCCAUGUAUGCAUUGCAGGUAUCCGCAAAUAAUAUUCCAGGGGAGUACCUGGGUUCAGUUCUAGCACAAGAUCCAGAUUUAGGUCAAAAUGGCACUGUAUCUUACUCAAUCUUCCCAACAUACAUUGAGGGUGUAUCAAUCUACACUUAUGUCUCCAUCAACCCUCGUAAUGGAGCAAUUUAUGCCCUAAGGACUUUCUAUUAUGAAUUGACAAAAUAUUUUGAAUUUAAAGUGAUAGCAAAAGAUUUAGGCUCUCCACAUUUAGAAAGCAACACUACAGUAAGGGUGUCUGUAUUGGAUGUUAAUAACAAUGCACCAGUCAUUAUUUUACCAAGCUUGCAGAAUGACACUGCAGAAAUCUAUGUGCCCAGAAAUGUGGGAAUGGGAUACAUUAUCAGUACUGUAAGAGCUAUGGACAUUGAUUUUGGAGAAAGCGGGCGGAUGACAUAUGAAAUCAUUCAAGAAAGUAAGGAGCAUCUUUUUGAAAUAGAUCCAGUGAAUGGAGAAAUCAAACUGCUCAAUCCACAUUGGGAAGAUGUUGCUCCAGUGGUAGAACUUAUAAUUAAAGUAACAGAUAAUGGAAAACCAUCACUUUCAACUGUAGCAAAGCUUAUUAUAAAGGCAAAUGCAGACUGUUUAGGUUGUUAUGAAGAUGAAGGUAAUGUUGUUGGAGAACAACGAGACUGGGACAUUUAUUUACCUGUACUGGUUGCUCUAAGUGCAAUUUCCAUCAUUCUUUUUGCUGCAAUGGUCACAAUAGUUGUUAAGUGUAAAAAGGAGAACAAAGAAGUUGGACCUUACAAUAAUAGGACUGCAUAUACUACUCAGUGUAAACUAGGGAAAAUGAAAAAGAAGAAGAUAAACAAAAAUGAUAUUAUGUUGGUUCAGAGUGAACUGGAGGAGAAAAAUGCAAUGAAUGUUGUGAGCUGCCCAUUACUAGUCACAUCUCCAAUGUAUUUUGAUUGUCAAUCCAGACUUCCUCUCAGUUCUUCUCAUUCGGAAGUGAUGUAUCUUACUCCUGCUUCCAAUACUAAGACUGAGCCUCAAGAGAACGUAGGAUGUCCCAGUCACAAUAAUGAUACAGGACAAGUAAGAACAACAGCUGAGAAUACCUCUACUUGGAUACCAUUAACUAAGACAGACAAUUUCCCUGCAGAGUCCAAUUACAUUGGAAGCAGACAACAGUUUGUUCAAAGCUCAACCUUCAAAGACCCAGAAAGAGCAAGCCUAAGAGACAGUGGUCAUGGAGACAGUGAUCAAGCUGACAGUGAUCAAGACACUAACAAAGGUUCCUGCUGUGACAUGUCUGUUAGAGAGGCCCUUAAGAUGAAAACCACUUCAGCUAAAUGUCAGCCCCUGGAGCAAGAUCCUUGCUGCAAAACUCUGGAUCGGUGUAAUGCAAAGUCUGUAUGCAAGACUGCAUGCACAGAGCAAGAGGAGUGUGUUAAUUGUACAGAUGAAUGCAGAGUACUUGGUCAUUCUGACAGGUGUUGGAUGCCACAAUUUACUGCAGCAAACCAAGUUGAAAAUGCUGAUUAUCGCACAAAUCUUUUUGUUCCAACUGUUGAAGCUCACGUUGAAACUGAGACUUAUGAAACUGUGAACCCGACUGGAAAAAAGACUUUUUGUACAUUUGGGAAAGACAAAAGAGAGCACACCAUUCUCAUUGCCAAUGUUAAACCAUAUUUAAAAGCCAAGCGUGCCCUGAGUCCUCUGCUGCAAGAGGGUCCCUCUGCAUCUAGCAGUCCAACCAAGACAUGCAUUGAGCCUUGUGCCUCAACUAAGGGACCAUUGAAUGGCUGUGAAAUAAAAUCAGGAAUGUUGGCAGAAACAACCAAUCAAUACCUGUCCUCUGAUAGUCAGUACAUAUCACCUAGUAAGCAGACAAAGGACCCACAGUAUAUUGCAUCAGACCUAAUGGCUCAUGUGUUUGCCGACGUGCACUCCAGAGUUAGCCGAGACUCAAGUGAAAUGGACGCUGUCUUAGACCACCUGGAGCAUUCGAAUCGUGAUAUGGGUCGAGAGUCAGUAGAUGCUGAGGAAGUUGUGAGAGAAAUUGAUAAGCUUUUACAAGACUGUCGAGGAAGUGAACCUGUGGCUGUAAGAAAGUGAAAAGGACAGAGGCUAUAUUUUGCCUUUUUUCAAAGUAAAAUACAGUUUUCCCUUGGUACAGCACAUUUGCAGGGGAAAUAUGAGAUGGAUGUUGCUUUGUGGCUAUAAGUGAACUUUUAAAGUGCCCCCAAAAUCUUGUAUUUUUUUUCUUUUUAUGUUACUCAGAUUACACUGGAUUUAUUUUGACAAAAAUUAUCUUGGACACACUCAAGAAAAAAAUGUUUUAGUGAAAUUUGACAAUCUGUUAUAUAAAGAGACAGAACUGGAACUACUUGUGAAGUUGUGCAACUUCCUACUGUAGUUGAUGUGACUUUUCAUUUGCUGAGGAAAAAACCCAUUGAUUAACAGGGUUAACUAAUUGUGGAUUUUAAACAACCAUCACUAGCUUCUAAUUAAAGUCCUAACUAAUUUUGCUGUAGUCCUAGUUGCACCAAACAUCAACACCCAUUUGUGGUAACCAUUUCUAUAUAAAUGAACAACAUUCCAAAACAUUUUCAGUACAACAUGUCAAUGUCAUGUAGUGUAUUCCAUACCACACAUAGUAUUAUAUCAUAAAUUAUAUAGUCAAAUUAUUGUGUCCUGCACUAGCAUAACUUAAUUCACUUUAUGUAAAAUGAAAAGUGUUGAAAAAUAAGAAUUUUAGUGUCCUACAAAAAAAUAUAUACACACAGAUAUUUACAUAUCUAGAUAAUUAUGUUUUUAAACCUCUAUUUAAGAGGUUUUAAAAUGAAUAAUUUGCCAUUAAUGGUAAAAUACUUAGUUAACAACACCAUUGAAAAGUUUUUUUAUUAAUUUGUGGACACUAAAAUUUGCUCAGGAAAGUAAAAUGUCCUACUCAUUGAAGAAAAUAUCACAUCGCCAUUUAAAUGUGCAAAUGUAAGAAAAUUGAAAUGUGUUUACAUCAAAAUGACAUAUUUUUAUGAUUUAUUUGCAAUUUUUAGUGCAUAUGAGCCAAAUUGUUGAGUGUAUAAGAGCUAUAUUGUGUUUUUUAUUAAAUUAAUAUAUAGUUGUGUUGCAAAAAAAGAAAAAGAAAAAAAGAAUAAUAAUUUGGGCUUAUAUUGUAAAUGGCAAGUGUUGCCUCAGUAGUUGUCGAACUCUAUGAGUUUUUGUUUUCUUGUUCCCUCUUCUCUAGUGGAGUAUGGGAAUCAGCGGCUCAGAGCUCAGUCUCUUGUUACAUGUAUAGUCUUAAAAUUGUAGUAGUACAUAAUCUGUUCAAAAUGCAUUCAAGUGGACUGUCGGAGCAAAGGACAAGAAACAACCGCCUUCUUUAACAGUGCCAUUGUAAAAAUUUACAUAUACUGUAAAUCCAUAUGAGGAAACCAAAAAAGAAAAAAAAAACAAUAUAUAUAUAUAUAUAUAUAUAUAUAUAUAAACAAAAAUAUUUAAAGCCUUAGUAAUCAUUGUAUCCUCUCAAACCGGCACCAAUUGUGGAUCAUAUUUAAUAGCAUCAAUUUUGAAUAAUUUUAACAAACAUACAAAUAAAUUCUAGAUAACAAGUUUUCAACUGUGUUCACAUAUGAAAAAGCGAAGUCUUAUCUAAUAAAGAGUCUUUGAUGCAAAAUUAAUGCUUAACUAUUUUGCGUUAAAUAGUUUUUUUUCUUAAUAUGAUGUCACAAGACUUCUAAAUCACCUACAUUUCUAGUCAUUGAAUUAGAAAGUACCCCAUCUUUUAUACUUUACUAAAGCAAACCAUCAGCAUCUGUAAUGCUGCUCAAUAUUUGUCACAAACACACAUCGUGAAUAAACUCUAAAGGUGUCAUGUUUAUUAAGCAGUGCACAUUCUACAUGGCAACUUGUAAAAGUCCUUGCCAUAAAACUCCGUUGGCAUUUUGGGCUGCCUUAUGGUAACAAAACACAUUGAGCAAAUACUGGAUGCUCUUCAAAGAUAUAUUGUUAAACUAACUUGAUAUGCUUGUGUCCAGAAACAUUUUUAAAAGGUAUUAUUUUAUUAAUUGCAUGUUUGUCUUUUUAAUACAUCUUUAUAAAAUAAUAAAAAACCACGGCAUAAAAAUAUAGAAAAAUGCAUACAUUUGAUAUGCACAGAUACAUGUUGAGCUCAGCAAACAUUGUUGUCCCCUGCAUAGAUUUAUUUACACUGUAUAAAACAUCACUCCACUGCAGGAAAACAGAAUGUGAAAUUUGAACAAGAAAAUGUCACAACGACAAUACAAACUUGCUGACAGGUUCAACCUGGCAUUACCACAAUUUCAUGUCAAACCAUUUCUUUGUACUAAUUAAAAGUCAAAACAUGUACUUGUGGGUCUGUGGUUGAGAAUACCAUGUCUUUUCAUUCCUCCAGGAAAUGUCUUGUGACAGCGGUUCAUUGUCAGUUGCCUACAGGCUGCAUCGCAUUGUUAAUUGUAUCUCAUUUUUGUGCUACAAAGAGUGCCGUAAACAACUGACUGUGUACAAAUGCUGCACUGCUCUACAUAUUUUGGACAAUUUAUGUACCUAAAUGUUUUGUCUCUGUGUUCUGCAAUGUCCCUGUGCGCUAGGAGGGUAAAGCUUGAUUUUGUUUGAUAGCUGAAACUCCACAGUAAAAUCAAAUUCAUUUCUUGCCUCUACAUAAUUCUUUCAGUAGGCAAUAGUAGUUAAUGGAAUAAGCUACAGUAUUUUUUUUAAUGCUUAAUAAGCUGAUUUGAGAAAUUAUAAAAGUCAAUGGAUUUCAUACGCUGAACUGUGUCUCUACUGAGCUAUAAAAAUAAUCAGUUGUCUAGCUUUUCAACACAAUUACACUGAUCAGUUAGACACACUAAAGAAAGAACAUGUCAUGUUUACAAGUCAUAUUUGUAUUUUUUGACAUUGUAUGUUUAUAUUUUAUCUGACUGGAAACUAAAAUGUAAUGGUAUUUUGGAAAUUGUUUGUGGUUUGCUUCAAAUGGGUAUAACACUGCUUUACUUAUACAUGGCUAAAGCAAAUUGGAUCAGAUAAUUCUAAUAACAGAGUCUUACAUAAACAAUCUAUUAAAAACAAAGUUUACCUGAAAGGUUAGUGAUUUUUUGUUAACAUUCAGUUCAUCACUGGCAUUUGUUUAAAUAUAUUAAUAUAUAUAUAUAUAUAUAUAUAUAUAUAUAUUAAUAUAUUAUGACUUUAUUUUAAAAGUACUAUUAAUUUAUGUUGGUUUGGUAAUUUUGACAUUUGUAUUACAAUAGCAAGGUUAAACAUAUCACCAUUGUGCAUAUUACUCACUCACUUCAGUAGAAAAUUAGAUAUUGAUCUACUUGUUAAAUAGUGUGUGCCAAAUGCUGCAAUAAUACUACUCCACCUGUAGCGCCAUUGCUUCCAUAGGGGCUGGGUACAAAGGAGGCAUGACCAAAUGCAUGAGGCCUCCCAUCCCCCCUAAAGAACAAUGUCACAUGUGGUGGCGGCAUUUAAUGGGGGUCAACAGCUGCCUGGGCCUUCACUGGGACCCUCCAACAGGCCCAGCCAGGGUAAUUAGCACCCACUUUCACCCUCUUGGAUUCUCUGUCCAUUUCUAAUAAGACUCCCUUGCGGAAGACCCCAUUGCAGAAAUGGAAUCUCUAAACUUCUGAAUAUAACUAUUGAAUUUCACUUGUUUUUAUAUUGUGAUAAUAUAUAAAUGUAGCAUUAGCACUGUUAGUCUUAGCUUUUACACUCAGCCAUUAUCAUACAGCAGUAACAUACAGGCAUAUUCUUGGUGGAGCUAUUGAGGCAUGAUACAGGCAUCUUUGGCACAAUGGGGGGCACCAGGCUAAAUAACCCAUACAAAUGGGCUUUAUUGGUAAAAUGUUUUGGAAAGUUAAAAAAAGGGAUUUUUGUUCUACCACUUAUAAUUAUUUAAUUCUUGUUGACUAGCUGACCUAAUGUUACCAGACAUGUAACCCAAAAGGGGUGCAAUACGUAAUAUUAUUCUGAUCAAAUUGAUGACAUCUUGAUUUGGAAGAUGACAGCUAUUGUAUCAGCCUCUGUGUACAGUAUGCUCAUUUUUUUACUGAAUUAAUAAAACUGCUUCUCAGCCCAAACACAAAUGGCACAAAUUGUUUAAAUCAAAUUAAUUAUGGGCCUGAUUCAGAUGUGGAUGGUGUGACUAUAGCGCAGUAUGGUAAUGCAGCAGGAAGCUUCUAUAACAAGCAGAAGCCUCCUGCUACAGUAGUGAUCCAACCCACAUCCAACAGAUUUCUCUUUCACUGUGGGUGCCAAGCAAGCCGCCCGUUGCAGAGGCCAGGAAAUCUCUAUCCUACGACAGAGAUCCCUGUCCUCCCCCCCAAAUGAUGGCAACACACCUCCAUUUUCACAAAUGGAGGCCAUCGCCGCCCCCUCCUCAUCCCCCAGGAGCAACACAGUUUCCAGUGUGCUGUGCAGUCAAUAUACACAGAACAGUGAAAAUACACAUAUCAUUAGUUUAUGCUUAAAGUUUGAUUCAAACAUAUUUAUAUUUUACAAUAUUAUCACUUAAAUAAAGUAUUUUUUUUUAAUAAUAUUCUUUGAUCUCAUGGAAAAUCUAGACUGGUAUAUUGUUUUAAAUCUUUGUAUUUAUUUGCAAACAUUUUAAAAUUGUGAUUACUUUGUCAAUUUAAUUCAACUACUUUACAACAGGCUGCCAUAUUCCUUUGCAUUAUGCCAUAUGUCGGAUGUAAUGACGCCCAAGUUCGGUGGCCGUGCGGGAUGCCAGCCGAACUCAAACUUUUUUUAAAGGGACAAUCACUUACAUGGCAUGGUUUUGCCUUGUAAGUUAUUGCCUCUUUAAAAAACAUCUGAGUUCGGUCGGCAUCUGCACAGCCGCCAAUCUUGGGCAUCAUGUCUUAAAAUGAUAGGCCAUAAUCUUUUGCAUGCUACCUUUAUGUAAUAUUAUACAUGAUCUAGUUCAGACUUAAAUGCUAGGAACUAAAACACUUCUCAAACUGAAAGAAACUAAACAUUUUAAACUUACUACCUUCCCUAUUUGGCCAAAAUAAGCAUUUUAUCCACGACUGCCUCAUACCUGAUCAAAAAAUGCAGUUCCAUAUUAACUCACCCCUUCCUGUCUAGUAGCAAUUGAUAAGAGAGUAUAACAAAGCUAUGUAUCUCAAUGUCACAGCAGCAAAUAAUGAAAUGCCAAAGUACUGUAAUAAUGUCUCAAUAGAAACCAGUAAUGACAGAGAGGGUAGAGUUCAUAUUUAUCUUUUAUUCACACUGUAAAAUAUAAAACCUGCAGGAUACAGUAAUUUUAGUUUAAGGGGUCAAUUCCAUUAGACACGAUUAGGGCGAUUUGCCAUUGCAACAGUAUAGAAACACCGGCAACUGCAGCUGAGCUCAUCCCCCUUUCAGCUCAAUCUCUCCCUGGACUCAUGGAUUUUUGCCCCUACAGAACUGUAAAUAUAUACUGUAAAUCGCAGCAUAAUACCUGCACUUACUCGCAGCCAUGAGUAAAUCACACCUGAUUGAAUUCGCCCCCAAGUAUGUUAAAUAAAAAAACAGAAGUGUUAUGAAUAUAUUGUAAAUGGCUUCCAGGAAGACUUUCUACUUUUAAGCAACAAUAAAAUAUGACAAUACCCCCUUGUAGACAUUUUGAAAAAAGCCUUGAAUAUCAGUUAGCCGGAAAUCUGUUUACAUACAGUACCUUGUAUCACAUGUAACCCUCAUAGUAUAGGUAAUUAUACAUUUGUUUUAUUUGUUUGAGAGCACUCUGUAUAAAAUGAUAAUUAUGAAAUCUUUGCUUUGUUACAAUUAUGUGUAAGCACAUCAGUUUCAAUGAUAUGCUCUUUUGCAACAAAUGACUGGUUUACAAUUUACAUCUUAAUGAUUCCCUGAAAUCCUUUCCAUUAGCCUGUUCUUGGUAUUUAUAAAAUAAUACAACAUUUAAAGGAAGUUUACAUAAUACUGGUUAUACUAUUUUACAAUUAUCAGAAGGCGGGUAAUGGACAGAGAAUUUGUGUAAAAAUAAAGGAAAAAAGGAAGGCAAUGAAUCUAGAUAGAAAACACUGUACUAUAUAUUUAUCUUAUAUAAGUAUCUUACCAGUGUUACAUUUACAUCUUGCUGACACUUCAUAAAAAUUUGUAUAAAUGUAAUGUUCCAUGUUUAUUUUUUCAAUGAAGCUUUUGGUCAUGAGACUACUGUAUAAAGUA